AUGCAAAUUUUCGAUCAACAACUCCACGCUGCAAGGGAUCUUAAAAAUCCUAGCCGUCAGAAUCAGUCAAGCAACAAAUCACAACGACAGUCACGAUCUGAAAAUGGCCGCAGCAAAGACGCCACACACAAACGUUCAAAGAGGAAUAACCAUCGUGAUGACAAAGAUAAGUCAGCGGUUCACUCGGAUUCGAUAGCAACAACAGGUGAUAACAGCACUUCCAGCAAGGCAAACUCGUCCAGUACCGACAAUGCGAACGCUUCGACUGAGGAUUCGAAUGCAUCGGCGAGUGCUGGCAACACAACCGCCACUCCAUCGGAAGGAGCUGUGAAAUUUGUUGAAGCACCAUUACCAAAGAAAUAUCCGAGUCGACGCUAUCGCCAACCCAGUACACGUGGUCCAUCAACAACUACCCAUCCAACUAGCAAACCAUUGGCCAAUUCGUCCCAUCGACCGAGCACUGUUAGCAAUACGGCAUCAACGCGUUCGAGCAAUGCCACCAUCAGUUCCAAGCGCACCGAAGGGCCGGUUCGCAGUAGUGGUGGUAUACCAAAAUCUCGAGUGAAUCGCAUAUCCGGCCAUCAUCACAGCCAAAAUGGCGAAUAUGCCAUCGAAUUCCUCGUCGAUUACUCGCUAGUCAAAAAAACUGGCUGUCGAUAAUACUGCUUCUGCUGCUGCUGCUCCAGCACUGUUUAUGCCUUACAUGGGAACGUACUAUUACAAUGGUGUGCCUUCAUAUGCAAAUAUGGAUCCAUCGAGCUUAAAAGAAGCUAUCAGAAAGCAAAUUGAUGAAAACCUGCAACGUGAUUUCUUCAUUCGCCGAAAAAUGGACGCUGAGGGUUAUUUGCCAAUAACAUUGGUCGCGUCAAUCCAUCGCAUUCAAGCACUUAGCUCGGAAAUCUUUAAUACUAACUGGUUGAAUUUGUAGUUGGCCAGAAAUUCCAGUUGCGCUAUAGUCAGUUGUUGAAACGGCCAAUGGAUCUGAAUGCAAAACCAAGUCCGACUGUCUCAGACUAUUCGACCCCUGUGUUGGCUCAUCUUUGGCGGCCACAUUUUGUGGAUGUUCAACUAAUGGCCGGGAUUUAUCGGAAAUUACAUCGAAUGUUUCUUUGGUCCGCAAUUUCGAAUUUGAAGAGCAAAAAAAAAAAAAAGGUCCUCGCUUUCAAAAAUCGAUUCUAUCUAGUGUAAAACCGGUAUCCAGACAAAAGUGAGGACUAAAAAAACAAAAAAGGUCCGAAAAUGGCAACGGGUCCAAAAAAAUCGUUGGGGGUCAAAUUUUGCCAGGGGGGGUCAGGAUCAAUGAGAUCAGACUAUGUCAGAACCUAUGUGCAUUUACGUUCUGUGCAUUCACGUCGUUCGAAAUGGUCCCUUAUUGGUGGUUAAAAGCCGAACAUUGCUAUUGUCAAUUGCUCCAUCGGCAAACUAUCCGCUUUGACCAAAAAAAAGACCGAACUGAGACGAUUUUUGCGUGUGUUCUUCUUUCAAUCUCUGUGUUAUUAUGUAUGUGUUAUGUAUCAGGGGCAUUGCUUUGAUUACACAAUUAGAUUGAAAUGCUACAAACAUGAACACAUCCAUUGAUCUUUAUUUGAUUUGCUAUUGAAAAAAGAAAUUCUAAAAAUAGAUAUACACAGGAAAUAUAGACGUGGCGCUUAUUAAAUGCAUCUCGCUAAAAAAAAAUGGAGCGAAAAUUGAAAUAUAUAUCAGCCAAUCAAACAAUCCUAAAUACAUUUUACAAUUUUAUUGUGAGGCUAUGCAGAAAACAGAAAAAAUUAUACACACAAUAUUCUGAAACGAAAGAAACACACAAAAAUCACAGAAAAGAGAUUUUGAGUAAUAUAAAAUGUAUAUGGAGUAGAAAAAAAAAUUAGGGUAACGCUCUUAUUUUUGUAAGUUUGAAAAAGACCUCGAUAAUCUAAUUUCUAUGACUUGCAGUAGUUCACACACAUAAUGGCAACCAAACUGUCGAAUUUUUUUUCGAAAGGUCCAAAACUUAUUUCCAAAAAAAAUACAAUAACAAGCGCAUUGAGUGAAAGAUAACACAUUACUUCAACAAAUGAAACAAGAAAUUGAAUCAAAUAAACAUGAAACAGUAAAUACGAAUCCAUUACAUAAUUGGUAUUAAGUUUAAAAUGUUCGAAUCCUUGGUGAUUUUUUUUCUACCCAAUAUGUUCACCGAAAUAUUACCAAAAAUUAUACAAAUAUUAGACACAGAAAAAAACAUUAUCUUUACUGUAGAUUUAGUUGAUGGUAGAAUUUCUCUUUCCCGUAGUUGAAUAAGCUUAAAUAGUUAUAAAUGUAUGAAUAUGCAUUUCUUAAGGUCAAAUAUAAAGUGAAUACAGAUAAAAAAGUAUUAAACUCCACAAAUAAAUGAUGAUUCUAUUGGUCAUACAAAAAAUGUUAUUUAAUUAAAAUAUCUUAAUUCAUCUUUCUUAAGCAAUUAAUCAUUUUACUAGGUAUUUUAUCUUUCUGAUUUAUGUAAUGGCGAUCAAAAGAAUAUUCUUCGCCAUUAAUGAGAAUAUCGAAUUGUUGUUUGGAAUCAUUUAAAAUUUGCUUUUGAUUUUCAUCACGUAAAUCAGAUGAUACUAUGUGCAAUCGUCUAAGCGAUGGUAAACUUUUCGUUAUUUCAGCAACGCUAAUAUUUUGUUUUGGAUUCAAUUCAAUAAAUAGUUCCUUUAGAUUGUUCAUAUGAGAAAGAUGAGUAAAAUCAAUAUGAUCAAUGCCAUUAUAUUCUAUGUGUAAAUUGUGUAAGUUGACUAAUGGUGAAAGUCUCGAUAAAUUGGUGAAAUUGUUACGACUUAUAAUCAAAGACUGUAACUUAGUGUUGGGAUGAGCCGUGAUGUUAUUUAUUUUAUUGCCUCCUGCAUUAAUCGCACUUACAUUCAUUGGAAUAAAAAGUUGUGUAAACGCACAAUUUGCCAUAUUUAUAGAACUUUGAACAUAUCGGUCUUCAUACAAAAAAUCAGUGCUAUUUAAACUAGGAUUAUUGUAUAUAUUCAAAAAAUACAAAUAUUUUAACAUACGAAAUGAUUCUGGUUCAAUAGUUUUCAGGCUAUUAUCACUUAUGUCUAAAUAAAAUAAAAAUUGAUUGUGAAAAAA